CUUCUGGCAUUUGUCCACAAUUUCGAACAGGCAACAUCAUGGACAGCUCCGUAUAAAAAUCUGUAGUUUCACGUGGAGUACGAACUCGUGCUAACUGUAAAUACUUUCGAUCUGUUAUCUACAAUCGUCUUUGCUUGUUCAUCAACUGCUAUGUACGAUUAUUACAAAAGGUGACAGGAGACAUGAUGAAUAACAGACGUUGCGGAGUGGACAACCGACUCAAACAGAGAGUUGAGCAGUAUUUGAGUAACCAGAGUGGCCAGUAUGUUGACAUUACUUCAAUGGCACACGAGCUUCAGAGACUCUACAGAAUGGACUAUGGCAGGCGAAACAAGACUGCAUUCAGGAUUCAGGUGGAAAAGAUCCAUGGAGUGAUAUGCGAUGAAUCUGGACUGAAUGAUCUGGAGAACAAGCACUUGGCCAAGAGAGCCAGACAUAGUGAGAAGGAUGCUGGGGAUGGCAGCAGUAACUUGGAUGACACUACUGAUAGUGAUGAGGACCUUCCCGAACAACCGCUCAUCAACCUCAUGAAUAACUCCCUGAUGUCCCUGUACAAGAAGGGGAACCCAGAGAGUGGGGCAUCUCCCAGGAGGGACAAGUCUGCAUCAGACAGCCCUGCCCCUGAGGCUCAGUCCACCCCUCAGAGUGUUGGUACCAAGGUGUCUGCAGGGGGCUGGUUCAUAGACAAGGGCAGAGGCCUGGAGCAUGACAGCAUCCUCAUUGACCUGUGUGAAGAGGAGGCAGCCUGUCCUGCAGGAAAUAAGCAGACAGAUGUCUCAAUGCUUGAGCCUGAGAAGACACCAAAAAAAGGCAAAUUUAAAAAAUCUAAACGGCGGAAAGAGGGAGCGUCAAAGGGCAAUGAUGGUGACAUCGAGGCCAGUAUCAUGAACAAGAAAGCGAGGACCAAAUCCAUUGAACUACAGUAUUCAACAUUAAAGUUUGAAGAUGUUGGAGGCAAUGAGGACACAUUGACGGAGGUGUGCAAGCUGCUGAUCCAUAUGCGUCACCCAGAGGUGUACCAGCAGUUGGGGGUGGUCCCUCCACGGGGGUUCCUGCUCCAUGGCCCCCCUGGCUGUGGAAAAACCCUGCUGGCCCAGGCUGUGGCUGGGGAGAUGGAGCUGCCCAUGCUGAAGGUGUCGGCGCCAGAGCUGGUGUCUGGGGUGUCAGGGGAGUCUGAGCAGAAGCUGAGAGAGCUGUUUGAGCAGGCUGUGACCAGCUCCCCUUGCAUCCUGUUCAUUGAUGAGAUUGAUGCCAUCACUCCUAAACGAGAGGUGGCCUCCAAGGACAUGGAGAGACGGAUUGUUGCUCAGCUGCUCACCUGCAUGGAUGACCUGAACUCAUUAGCUGUCACAGCCCAGGUGAUGGUUAUUGGUGCCACCAACCGGCCAGACUCUCUGGACCCAGCGCUGCGCCGGGCUGGACGCUUUGACAAAGAAAUUUGUCUGGGGAUACCUGAUGAAGCAGCUCGUCUCAGAAUUCUGAAGACCCUGUGUCGGAAGCUGAAGCUCCCUGAGGACUUUGACUACCGGCAGCUGGCGCGUCUUACCCCGGGGUACGUGGGAGCUGACCUCAUGGCGCUGUGCCGCGAGGCCGCCAUGAGCGCCGUCAACAGGGUCCUGCUGGAGAGGCAGGACAAGAACCAGGGGCUGGUCCCCAUGGCGGAGGAGAGAGCAGAGUCCGAGGGGCCUCAGGGCGCAGGUCUUCUCCCACAGGGCCCAGAGAGAUUCCAGGCCUCAGCAGACACAGUGAUCCAGGAGAUGACAGACCUUAGCCACGUACCACAGGGAGACAACCAGCAGCUGCCUCUGGCUACUGAGACAACCUUCAGGGGGGAGCUGUGUCGCCUGCUGUCCCUGCUGAAGAGCAGUGAGACGCUGUCUGAGGAGCAGCUUGCUGGCCUGUGCAUCCUCAUGUCAGACUUCCAGGGUUCCCUGGCCAGCGUACAACCCUCUGCCAAGCGUGAAGGCUUCGCCACGGUGCCAGACGUCACCUGGGAGGACGUGGGGGCCCUGCAUGACAUCCGCGAAGAGCUCACCAUGGCCAUCCUGGCCCCUGUGCGUUCUCCUGAGCAGUUCAAAGCCCUGGGUCUCAGUGCUCCUGCAGGGGUGUUGCUAGCUGGGCCUCCCGGCUGUGGAAAGACCCUGCUGGCCAAGGCUGUUGCCAAUGAGUCAGGACUUAACUUCAUCUCUGUCAAGGGGCCAGAGCUGCUGAACAUGUAUGUGGGAGAGAGCGAGCGGGCCGUGCGACAGGUGUUCCAGAGAGGACGGAACUCUGCCCCUUGUGUCAUCUUUUUCGACGAGAUCGAUGCACUGUGCCCCCGCCGCUCCGGGCAUGAGUCUGGAGCCAGUGUCCGUGUGGUCAACCAGCUGCUAACUGAGAUGGACGGACUGGAGACCCGGCGGCAGGUCUUCAUCAUGGCGGCUACCAACAGACCAGAUAUCAUUGACCCUGCUGUGCUGAGACCAGGCCGUCUGGACAAGAUCCUGUAUGUGGGCCUCCCACCUCCAUCAGACCGGCACGCCAUCUUACUCACCAUCACCAAGGGGGGCAGCAGGCCUCAUCUGGAGCAGGAUGUGAGUCUGGAGGAGAUGGCCCAUGACGUGCGCAGUGACUGCUUCACUGGGGCAGACCUGUCUGCAUUGGUGAGGGAAGCCUCUGUCAAUGCUCUGAGAGCCUACCUCCUGACCCAACCCAACCCAUCUUACACAGGUCACAGCUACUCUAACGGCCCUGUGGCCGACAUCAGGGUCAGCAAGCAGAACUUUGAGGACGCCUUCAAGAAAGUACGGCCGUCUGUGUCUAAAAAGGACCAGCGUAUGUACGAGCAGCUAAAGGAAUCUCUUACAAGGUGAGAGGAUUUGACAAGUCCUUCAGAAUGAAGGAUAUCAAUGCUGAUAAGAAGGCCAAUAUCUCAAUCUACAAUAAACAUUUAUCAGACGAGUCCAAACUCCGAGUGAUGUUUCAAAGGUUAACUCGGCAAAGAUUUACCAGCGGAAUACAUGCAUGCAUUCAAUACAGUGCGGUGUCCACUUACACCCUUGGCUCUCACCCCCUCCCUUCCACAAAGAUGUACUUCAGUACUCGUGACCAAUGAUCUCUCUGCAUAUCACAGGACUUCAUGUCAGCCAGGAGAGGUUUUGAGUUUUUGGGAGUAGAUAUCAAGACAUAUUGACUAUUUUGGAUUGCUGUUUUCUAAUCCAAACCACAUUAAGACAUGUUUAUAUUCGUAUAAAAGAAAAAUGUAAACCAUGUGAAUUUAAGUAAAAAAUGUAUUACUGUA